AGGUCUGGCUACGGUAAGAAAUUAAGAAAAAUAUUAUAUAAACAUAAUAAUCAUUAUAUCAAUUAACUCCAUAAAUAAUUUUUUUUUUUGUUUUAGGCCUUGAGUUUAUUGCUUUCUUUUUUUACACUCUUAUGUUCCAUGUAAUGUGCGUAUGUGAUUUCAAUUACAAAGACACCAAUUUUAUAAUUUUUGGGGGAAAUAUAACAUUACACAAAUUUUAAUAUGUUAUAAUUUAAAAAAUAUAUUUUUAAUAAACAUUUGAUUAAAUGUCUUAAUUUAAAAAUGUAUAAAACUUGUUGUUAAUUUACAAAUUCUGUUUAACAAAUGCUAUGGCAUUAAUUGUGUUAAUAUUUUUUUUUAAUUUAUAACAAAUGUAUUGGAUUAAAAUAUUGCUGUUUAUUUUUUUAUGGUAUGAAAAAGAUAAAAAAUUAUAAAUUUAUUGUUUUGUUCUAGAGAUAAAAAAAUACCUGUGUGUACAAAUAUUAUUAACUUAAAAAUUUGAUUAUUUAACAAUUUAUAAUCUGUAAAAAAAUUAAUAAGCUAAUAAUGACACACAAAGCUGAAUAACAAUAUAUGCUACAUACCUUAAUAAAAAUUAUAUUAAAAUUAUGUUCCAUGAUAAUAAUAAACCUUGCUUCUAAUGCCAAAUUUUUCUUCUAUUCAAUUUUAAUUAAAUAAAAAAUUAUUUGUGUUUGUCAUACGGAGGAUGAUUAUUUAUUCAAUUGGUACUUUUAUUAAUAUUAAAAUAUUAUUUUUGUGGAAUGUUUUUUGAUUCUUUUCAUUUCUGCUUUGAAAUGUCUUAUUUCUUGUUACUUAUAUUGGAUGUACUUUCUCUAAGUCUCAACAUGUUUCGCGUAAGUAUUGCGCUAACAUUAAUUGGCUUUGCAUUUAUAUUAAAAUGAUACUAAAUCACUCACAAUCAAUAAUGUGAGUAUUUUAUACUCAUAUAGUGACGUCAUUACUCAAUGAUGAGAAAGAAACGCGUAAAUAAUCACGCUUAUUUUGAUGACAAAAAGGCCUAUUCUCAAUAUCUGCAAUAAGUUAGAGUGAGAUACAUUGUAUAAAUGUUUUACUCUAACUUAUUACAUCAAUGUAGCAGUGCAACAAAAAAGAACAGGCCAAAAGCUAAUGAUCAUAAUAUCAUUAUUAGAUGUAAGUUACCUUGGUAUUCCGUCCCUAUUCCAUUACAAAAACUGCUACAAUUUAUAAUACAAUAGUAUUAUAAUACAAAUUAUAAUACAAAGAAGCCUGAAAAGUUGUAAAUUUACACUAUAUAGUGUAUUUGCCGAAUUGGCAUCACUUGAAUCACUUGAAUUUUUUACUUCGGUAAGCAUUAUCAAAUAUAUCAAAAGUUUAUGUAUAAUAUAAUAAAAUAAAAUAGUAAUUUUAAUAAUAACCUUUAAUCUUAUAUGUCUACAUAUUGAUAUUGUUAUAUACACAUCGAAAGAAAGUCCGCAUCGUUUUACAUCUCAUAUAAGACUGAAGGGACAUUGAAAAUAUGUGAAAACGACAUUACAAUUGCGCUUGCGUCGAUCGAAUAUAAGAGAUGACGAUAAUAGAAAACGAAUAACCAAUUACACGACACAUACAUACUUUGCAAGUAAUAAUGUAUUUGUUUUUAAUAAUAGACAUUUUAGUCAGGUAUAAGUUAAAAUUGCAAUUUGAACUUAGUUAUUCAACACAAUUUUAAUAUCCGCAAAAUUUCGUAAUUUCGACAUUAGUGUAAUAUCUGUAUGAUAUUUGUAAGCGAAAAAAUGUACAAAAAUUAUGAAAUUAUAAUAGAACAUGUUAGCAGAUAAAAGAAGAAAAAAAUUUUACACAUAUCGCGUCACGGCACUUGCACCGAGAUGACUGAUAGUAACACAGCAGAUACUUAUUACACUAUUAAUCGAAAUUUAUUGUUAUGUAUUGGCCUAUGGCCAUAUCAAAGUUUUGGUUUCAGAUGUGUUCUAAUAACGAUGAUGACCAUAAUACUUAUAUCAGGAGUAGUAUUUCAGUUUACAACCUUCGUCACAAGAGAAUACAGUAUGGAUCUUCUUCUGAAGAUCCUCGCAUAUAGUAUGCCAUGGCUAACUUAUCUAUUGAGAUAUAAUAUUCUUUGCUUAAAUACGAAAAAGAUGCAAAGCCUUAUAGAACGAGUGCAUAUCGACUGGAAUGAAAUAAACAACGCGCGUGAACUUGAGAUAAUAAAAAAAUAUUCAGCUAUUGGAAGACUCAUCACAUUGGUUACGACAUUAUCCAUCUAUUUGAGUACAUUUAGCUUCAUUUUGAUACAGCUUCUGUCAAAUUUUGUUCUGGACAUCACAAAGGCUGUGAACGAAUCUCGUCUGCGACAAUUUCCGGCCGAGAUCGAAUGUUUUGUAGAUCAGCAAAAGUAUUUCACUCCGCUUUUAUUGUAUCUGUUCUUUGUCGUUUUAUGCAGUCUAACUGUGCUGAUAGCCGUCGAGACACUUUUUAUGUUAUAUACGCAACAUGCUUGCGGAUUAUUCGAAGUAGCCAAUUGUCGCAUAGAACAAACAUUGCAUAGAGGUAUGGUACAAGAUGUCAUAUCUGUUGCUGAAAAAAACUCGAUAAUAUAUCAGGGAAUAAUCAGCGCAGUCGAUAUACACAGAAAAGCAAUCGAGUUUAUUGAAAUGUCGAAAGAAAAUUUUAAGUGGGUGUUUUUCACUGCACUACCAUUGACGGUACUAUCGCUAAGCAUCAAUCUCUAUCGCCUUUCUCGACAGAUAACAACUAAAGAACAUCAGGAGACAGUAACAACUCUUUUGUUUGUAAUGGGUCAAUUUGGGUAUCUGUUUUUCUGUAACUAUUUGGGACAGAAGGUGAUCGAUCAUAGCGGCGAUAUUUUUCACAAAACAUACAACGUACAAUGGUACAUGGCUCCAUUAAAAGCUCAAAAGUUAUUGCUGCUUGUAAUGCAGAGAAGCAUGCGAUAUUGCACGAUUACGAUUGGCGGCUUAUUUAUUCCAUCUUUAGAAGGAUUUGCCACGCUUACAAGCAUGUCACUUUCAUAUUUUAUGGUAAUUUAUUCUAUCCAAUAAGUUUAUAAUAUAAAAUUUAUCAUUAUAGUUGAACACGCAUAUAUAGAUCGUCACAAUGCAAUAAUUUUAAUAUAUCUUGUUGUAAAUGCUAAUAUAAUAAAAUAUAAAAGCUAUUUAUAAAAUUAUAUUUGUUAUCGUUUAGUUUAUUAAAAAUAAAUGUGAAAUUUUACGGAAUAUACGAUAUAUACAUUUUUUUAUAGAAUCAUGCACAAUGUAAAAAAUGAAAUAAGGAUUAGUGCGACAUUAGUCAAGAAGAUAUGCAACAAUCGAGUCGUAUUUCUUAAGUAAUAGAAAUAUAUGUUAUCACUUUUUUUAUUAAAACAAUCUAUUAUUAUAUGAUAAUAUUAUUAUCAUUUCUGAUAAUUAGAUUAGUAAAAAGAAUAUUUAU